GGCUUCCUGUGUCUCCAUAAUCUUGAGUCCCCUUUCGCUCUCCCGAAGCUUCUUGAGUUUCAACUCCAACCAUCGUAAAAAAGGUUAUCAUCACGCUUGGCUGCUCGUUCCUUCCAAUCUUCGCUUAAGUGCAACAUACAAAACAUGAAUGAAGUACAGUGGGAAGUUGAUGACUUACUUAACGGUUAUCCAAAGACAUCUGCCAGUGUUGUGCUACAGUUCACGGAACCAAGUCUAUCAAGAUGUUUCGCUGCAUAUUACCAUGGUGUACACCAUAUUUCCCAAUAUUUGAAAGAUAUCAGAGAACAUCUGGACGGUGAAAGGGAUAGCGUCUAUGUUAUGGCAGUAAAAGUUGCUCGGAUUUGUCUUAAGUUGUAUUAUGCCCAAGCUGUGAAAGUCACUCUCAAAUUGUACCUAAACCAAAAAACCCACAAUACAACCACUAUAGAUAUUAAAGCUGAAGAUCUCAAUUGGAAAGAAUACCUUGUCUCAAUUGAAUCUAGAACCGACCAAUGUGAGAAAGUUUCAAGAGCUGUUGGCCUUCUGAAGAAGAAGAUGAAAGUAGCAAAGUUUUCCAAGGCUUUUCACACAACCUUCCCAGGACCAGAUGAAGACUACAGCUGUGAAUGUCCUGAUAUGGUUCAUAAAAUCAACAUGGCAGCUUUGGUACAAAUAAGUCUUGAUCCUGCUAGAUUGAGAGGCAUUUUGAAUGAGAUAGAAGAUGAUUGCAAUUCACACUAUGAUGAUGGCCAUAAAAUGACCCUUUCAAUAAUUGGGAUGGAAUUGGCAGUCAGUGAUGAGCCUUUUUGGUAUGUUUAUUUUGGUAGCAGGUGCCUACCAGCUAUCAUUCCUCUUGCUGAUGUUUCGCCAAACCUUAAAAUUCUCACAGAACAGGGUUUAUCAUUGGAAAACAAAGCCUUAAAAUGCAUUCAAAGUGUGUAUACAUGGUUCCCUUAUGAUAUACAAAAGGGUUUUAGAGGCUUCUACCCUACUGUGGUAUUCACAGAAAAUGAACUAUGUGAGGGUGAUGGCAUUGAGAAAGACAUAAAAGAGAGCCAGGCACAAGCAACAGAGCAUAGUGAACUCCAUGGUGCUAGCGUAUAUGGUGUUGUAUGUCCAGGAAGAGAGCCUAACCAGAUUACUCCAUCUAACCAACACGUAGCUCUAGUGACAGGAGCUGCCAAGCGACUUGGUGCUGGUAUUGUAAGAGCACUUCAUGGAUCGGGUUUCAGGGUUGUUAUCCAUUACAACAACUCUGGAGAAGAUGCUGAGAAGAUUGUCCAGGAAAUGAACAGUGUGCGUUCAGACUCUGCCAUCAUGUUGAAGGCAGACCUCAGCACCAAUAUUCAAGAAACAGCAAGAAAGCUAAUAGAAGACACUGUAACAGCAUUUGGACAACUGGACCUUCUUGUGAACAAUGCAUCUCAAUUCUGCCCAACAGAAUCAGGCAGUGUACAAGAAGAAACAUGGAACAAGCUUAUGGGUGUGAACUUGAGUUUUCCAUUCUUUUUAUCUCAGGCCGCAUUCCCACACUUGAAGAGAUCACAUGGUUCCAUUAUCAACAUGAUUGAUAUCCAUGCUGAAAGACCUCUGGCAAAUCACUCAGUGUACUGCGUGAGUAAGGCUGGCCUACACAUGUGCACACAGGCCCUGGCAAAGGAUUUUGCCCCUGACGUGAGAGUGAAUGGUGUAAGUCCUGGAUUCAUCAUGGUGCCUGGAGACUGGAGUGAGGAGAAGGAAGCCGAGAUCUUGAAGAAUGUCCCUUUGGGCCGGCAGGGCGAGCUUGCAGAUAUCACUGAGGCUGUGCUGUACUUGGCCCAGGCAGGGUACGUCACUGGGCAGGUCCUAGCUGUUGACGGGGGUAGAACCCUGGCACAGUAAUACUAGCUGUUGACGGGGGGAGAACCCUGACACAGUAUGCAGGGUCACCUGACAGAUAUGCAUAAUGUCAAUGGAAAAAGAAUUCUAGUGUUAUAAAGCAGGUGGACAGGUUGAUUAGGUGCAUUUAAAAUGUUUUUUUUUCUUCUGGAACGGAAGUCCUUGAGCAGGCGCGUACACAAGGCGUACACGCCCCCGGCCGAGCGCGGCCGAAGUGCGGCUUCUACCGGUAGCUUUUCUUGGGCGCUUUUCGAAAGUUUGUUUCCCAGGCUAGAGUUGACUUAACACUUAAUUGAUUUUUUUUGUAAAUACGCUAAGACGAGAUACCAACUGAUUUGCCCCCCCCCCCCCCAUUCUUUUAGCUGAUUGGUUCAUUAAAAAAAAUAAUAAUAAUAAACGUAUCCAAUGCUCCCCGUUCCCUCUUGGAUUGUUUUACGUUCAUUUCACUAUAUCAUGUAGGAUUCCCACAUGGAUUGCAGUCUGGUCCUUAUAGGUACAGCAAGCUUAGCUCUAUAAUCUAGUCUGUGUGUGGUACCUCCGGGUACUUUGAAUAAAACCAAGAAAAAAGA